CAGCUACAAUUCUCCUCUGUCGACUCGCGAAGGUAGCUGAGACUUGCUGAGACUUGAAGACAUCGAAGAUUAAGCACGAUGCUGAAGGAGCUCUUGUUGUUAGCGCUCAUGGCGCUAUGCACAUCGAAGGGGUUGCACAUCACCGGCAAAACCGCCGACCUGGACUUCCUCCACAAGCAGAAGAAGCUCUACGAGCUGCUGUUCUUCGUUAAGCAAAACAUCUUCACCGAUAUGGAAUUCCAUAAGAUUGGCCGCGACUACAACAUAGAGAGCAACAUCGACUUGUACGAUGACAAGUUGAACGUCCAGGAUUUCCUGCACCUGCACAAAAGCGGCGUGCUUAGUCGCAAUGCCAUCUUCUCGCCAUAUUACGAGGAACACCGCGAGGAGGUGAAGAUAGUCUUCAAGCUUUUCUUCAGCGCUAAAGACUUCCAGACUUUCUACAAGACCGCGUGCUGGGCGCGUCUCCACCUUAACGAUGGCGUCUUUACAUCCGCCUUCACCACCGCUGUCUUCUAUCGUCCUGACUGCAAGCACAUGAAGUUGCCUGCUCCCUAUGAAAUAUAUCCCAAUUUGUUCUUCGACAACAACGUAAUCCAGCGAGCUCGUGAUAUCAAGAUGAUGCACGGAGUUAGGCCCACCAAUGUGGAUAACGGCGACAGCUACGUGAUCCACGCCAACUACUCUGGAAACCUGGUCAGACCCUAUCUCGACGAUUACAAAUUGGACUAUUUUAUGGAGGACGUUGGGCUGAACGCUUAUUACUAUUACGUCCGCCAAGUGAUGCCCUUCUGGUUCAGCGUGAAGAAUUUCGAGAUCCCGGCCCAAUUCCGAGGUCAGUUUUAUUAUUUCAAGCACAAACAGCUGCUGAAUCGCUACUAUUUGGAACGCAUCUCCAAUGACUUGGGCGAUAUCGAGGACUUUGACUGGAACAAACCCUUCUAUCCGGGCUUCCAUUCGAUCCUCACGUACAACAAUGGAAUGGUCAUACCGCAACGCUCUCGCUACACUGCCGUACCAUUUUAUAAAUACAAACAUCUGAAGGAUAUCGAUGUUCUGGAGAAGCGCAUCAUGGACGCCGUCGAUCUCGGUUUUGUUCACGACAAGGACGGUAAGCAAGUCAACAUCUACACUCCCGAGGGUUUGAGCAUCCUCGCGAAUCUGAUCGAAGGCAACGUGGAUUCGUGCAACCGACGCUUCUAUGGAAUGUACGAUGCUCUGACCCGCGACAUCCUCGGCUUCAACUUUGACUACAAAAAUAAGAACAAGGUAGUCCCGAGUGCUCUCCAAUGCUACAGCACCAGCGUGAGAGAUCCGGCAUUCUAUCGGCUAACCAAGAGGAUUAUGGGGUACUUCUUCAGAUACAAGAAAAAUGUGCCGCACCAUACCCAGGAUGAGUUGAUCUUCCCAGGCGUCAGGUUCGAAUCCGUCAAUGUCGACAAGCUGGUGACUUACUUUGACAAUUGCGAUACGGUCAUCAACAAUGCUCUUACCGUGGAGAGCUUCCAGGAGGGAAUGAGAUUCCGCGUCAAAGCUCGCCGUUACUGCCUCAAUCACAAGCCGUUCACCUAUCGCUUCACCGUCAACAGUGACAAGGAGACCAGAGCCGUGCUCAAGAUCUUCCUCGGGCCCGCUUUCGACAACAUCAGGGGAAAUGAUGUGUCGCAGCUUCGCGAGUUCUACAAAUACUUCUUCGAAAUGGAUCACUUUGAAGUGACGCUGAGACAAGGCACGAACACCAUCGAGCGUCACAGCUCAGACUCGGUCUUCACCAUGCCCGACUUGGUGUCCAGCGACACGUUCUACAAGCAGUUGGAGAGGGCUAUGAGUGGCAGCGCGCCGUUCACCUACGUCGAGAAGUUCUUUACUCUACCCGAGCGCCUGGUUCUGCCCAAGGGCAAGCCUGAAGGGAUGCGUUUCAAGAUGUUCUUCUACCUGAGCAAGCUCGACGGCAGCAACGUCAGAAGCGUAGAGUUGCCAAUCUUCGGCAAGCUGACGAUGGAUGAGAAACCGCUCGACUUCCCGCUCGACAAACCGAUGCAUCCGUGGAAGUUCUUCACGCCAAACAUGUUCAUGAAGGACGUGUACAUCUAUCAUAUACCGGGGAAUACGGUAAACGAGAAUAGGGUGACCGAGAAUACGAUAACCGAGAAUUGGAUGAAUGAGAAUUGGGUGAACGAGGAUAGGCUGAACGGGGAUACGGUGAACAAGAAUUGGCUGAAAGAGCAUAGGGUGAACGAGGAUACGAUAAACGAGAAUUGGUUGAAAGAGAAUAGGAUGAAGGAUACGAUGGACGAGAAUACGAUGAACCUUUAAGUUACUGAAUUAAGUUACCUUGAAGGAAAUUUUAGGGUUAUUAUAUAGUUGCCAAUUGGAAUUAUAUUGUAUCACGCGAAUGUGGUACGUGAAUCAAAACGUUUCUUUCAAUAAAGCAUGCUGAGAAAACUA